AUGUCAUUCUCGCCUCUCGACCCAGGCAAGCACACCACAACUCUCAAUAACCUGACAAUCCACUACACCGUCAUCGCCGACUCGCCUGAUCUUCCCCCUUUGAUCAUCCACCCUGCUCCGUGGGGUAUCGGGGCGGAGCUAUACAUCAAGGCUUUCUCCCGUCUCUCCUCAAAAUACACAGUAAUUGUGCCAUCACCACGCGGUAACGAUGAUUCGCAACGUCCCUCUUCGGCGCAAGAAAUGUCCUCCCGCCAUAUCGUUGACGACCUGGAGGCUCUACGGACACACCUUGGUCUCGAGAAGAUCCGUGCGAUGGGACACUCAUCCGGCGGCACCAUUGCAUUAGGCUAUGCAAUUACGUAUCCGUCGCGAGUGGAAAAGCUAGUCCUCCUCAACUCCGACCUCUUAGGCUAUGCCCGCCAGGACCGGUCAUUCUUCGAAGAAGCCUUCAAACUGUUCUUCGAGAAUCUGCCCACGAACGAUGCCGAGUUCAAACAAUUUCUCCUGAAGAUCCUUCCAAUGUACUUCGCGCUCCCGGAACUAGGUGGGCCCGCGGAGUUUGAAAGGCUCUGGACCGGGGAACCGAGCCUGUGGGCCUACGGCUCGUAUUAUAGCGCAAACUCAGCUUCCAAACCCGGAGAAGGCGCCCCGGGAGAUGGCAACGCCAGAUGGAACCAAGCGGCGGAACUGGACAAAGUCACGGCCCCAACGCUGGUGCUCACGGGGAGGCAGGAUCGCUGCACGGCGCCCGAGGUCAGUGCCGCGAUUGCCAGCGGGAUCAAGAGAAGCAGAUUGGCGAUCUUGGAGUCUUGUGGACAUAUCUCGUGGAUGGAGCAGCCUGAAGAGUUUUGGACUGUAGUCAAUGGUUUCUUGGAGGAAUAA